AAAUACGCAGGGUUCCGUGUUCCUUCCUCAGUAUAACUCUAAGGCAACGUUUGUUACGUUCGUGGAGAAUGGUUGUGCCCGCUAUGAGAUGGCUUCUCCGUAUUCAUUUCAAGGAGAGCAACAACAACAACAAUGGUGGCCUGAACAAGGAGAAGAAAAAGAAGAAGAUAUGAGUGGACAAGUACACAAGAUUGUCUCAAGAGUGUGUAAAAGCGACGUCUUUAUCAUUCCCGCAGGUCAUCCAUUCACUAUAGUCUCACACGACGAAAACUUUGUCUCGGUAGGGUUUGGUAUUUAUGCAUCCAACUCCAUAAGAACGUUCCUUGCAGGGCAAGGGAAUGUGUUGAGCAACCUCGACACCGUAGCCACGAGAGUGGCGUUUGGUGUAGGAAGUAAAGUGGCGGAGAAACUUUUCACGAGCCAAAACUAUUCCCACUUUGCGCCCACUACUCCUAGCCAUCAGCAAAGUUGAGAGAAACGCGAGCCAUCGUUCCAAUCAAUCAUCAGCUUCGCUGGUUUCUGAGAAUGCGUUUACAAGUUGGUACGAAUGAAAAGGUUUGUUAUAUAUAUUGGCGAUGUAAUAAAAACAAAU